AUGGAAUCACGGCGGAACGUAGGUUUAGCGUGUGUGAACCGUAAAUUCCUUCUGGCGUCUGGUUCGGAUGAUCGGCGAGUGAAAGUUUGGAAUUUGGCUGGAGAAUGCCUUACCGUUGUCGAGACAGGUCAUCAGGCGAAUGUGUUUGCUGUUGAAUUUCUGCCUGCAGGUAUUUUUGGUGUUUUUUUUUCUUGA